CGUGCCACAAGGUAGGAGACUAUUUUUUCCUACCUGAAAUGAAGCCAAACUCUUGUCCAAAAAGCUUCAACAAACCCCUUUCUCUUUCUCUCUCUCUUUCUCUCCAGACAAAAAGAGAAUAAAAUCCUCAAGCAAACCACUCUCUGAGCUUUCCUUUGAUCUUCCUUCUCUUUCGUCUUUCUCUCUUCUUUUCUUCUUCUCCAAUGUCUGAUGAGAAUAGGAGGACUCCUUACCACCACGAUCCUUUCUGUCAUGACCAAAAUAGGGUUAGUGGGGCUGGCUUCCCAUUCUUUUGUGAGAAGCCGGCCAUCUUCAAUCAAGGAGUGACUCCUUCACCGCAAGGCCUACACGCUACUGAUCCCUCCUACAUGACCUUCACUGACUACUUACAUGGCUCUCUCGACUACAACACCCUUUCAAAGGCCUUUGACAUGUCUUGCUCUUCAUCCGAAGUCAUCUCUCCAGUCGACAAUGAUUCGGGAAAGGGUACAGCCAGUCAUGAACAUCCCUCCACGCCUAAUUCCUUGGACACUUCUUCUUCCACUGAGGCCGUCACUGAAGAUUCCGGGAAGAGUAAGCAUAAGCCUGAUCUGCAGGGAGGAGGGUGUGAAGAUGGAGAUGAAAAUUCUAAGAAAGCCUCAUGGAAUAAAUCGAAGAAGAAAGGAGAGAAACGGCCAAAGGAACCACGGUUUGCUUUCAUGACUAAGAGCGAGAUCGAUCAUCUUGAGGAUGGAUACAGAUGGAGAAAAUACGGACAGAAGGCAGUCAAGAAUAGCCCUUACCCAAGAAGUUAUUACAGAUGCACCACUCAGAAAUGCACUGUGAAGAAACGAGUUGAAAGAUCAUUUCAAGAUCCCUCCAUUGUGAUCACUACAUAUGAAGGACAGCACAACCAUCCAUGUCCGGCUACGAUAAGAGGCAAUGCUGCUGCAAUGUUGCCAACUUCAUUUUUCUCAUCUGCUACAGUGGGAUCUAGCUUCCCUCAGGAGUUUCUGACUCAGAUGCUUCCCCCGAAUAAUCAAAGCGGUCCGAACUCUAUGUACUAUCACAACAUUACUCCCCACCACCAGCAGCAGUUCCAACUUCCUGACUACGGAUUAUUGCAAGAUAUAGUUCCCUCUUUCAUCCGCAAGCAGGAGCCAUGAACUCUCUCUAUUAAUGUAGUUGUUUUGCAUGGUAGAUGAACCGAUACCUAUAUGUCUAGCUUUUAAUUUAUAUAUGAAGGGAUUGCAGUGAAUGCAUAUUUCUGGCCUAUGAUGUUCGAGUACAAAUAUUAUUCAGAUCUUACAGAACUCCCUCACUUCAGAUCAACUUUAUCUUAAAGUUGAAACGCAGUGUUCACUUGAAGUAAUGGCAGUUCGCUUUGACAUUGCUUUCAUGGGAAAUGAAACAUCAUAUGGGAGGAUAUGAUGGUCAGGUCCAAUUCGUAUGCUUGUAGUUGUUUGAUCACACUAGAGACUGUAAUUUUGCAAUAUUGGAUGAUUGUUGAACAUUUUGUUUGGGAAUCAGCAGUUUAGAUUAUUGAA